AUGGCUUCCGUCUCUACCUGUCAGAAUCUCGGCUUCGACUUCAACUUGAGGGAAAUAGGCACCAUCAAUCACACUCCUCUGGAAAACGACGACAACUUGACCAGCACGACGGGCGAUGAAGGAUCUGCGAAGAAUGCAAAUCCCUCGGCUUGCAUUGAGAUCGACGACCUGAUUUACGGCAAAGUGUUAAUCGAGAGUCCAUGUGCGGUCGAAAUCAUCAACCUACCCGAAUUCCAGCGGCUCAAGGACGUCCUGCAACACGGCAUCACCGCCUUGAUCGGCUUGCUUCCAUCACCCCCUGUCAAUCGAUUCGACCAUAGCGUGGGGGCGAUGAUCCUGGUCAAGCAUGUCGGAGGCUCGGAGGAAGCUCAAUUGGCUGCAUUGCUACAUGACGUGAGUCAUACAGCACUCAGUCAUGUCACUGAUUCAGUCUUUGGCUAUGUCGUUCAUGAGGUUGAAAAAGGAGAUUUCUUGGAUAAGACUCAAAUUCCAAACGUCUUGCAGAAACAUGGUUUUGAUCCGGAGAGAGUUUUUGAGGAGAAGCUAUUCCCAUUGCUUGAGCUACCUAGCCCUGAAAUCUGUGCCGACCGACUUGAUUAUGCGUUAAGAGAUUCGGUUUCAUUUGGAUAUCUUGCGCUGAAGGAUGCACAAGAGAUCUAUCGUUCGACGAUUUCGAUUGACGGGAAGAUGGUGCUCAGCUCGACCGAAGCAGCCAAACAACUGGCAGAAGCCUACCUGAUGAGUGACCAGAAAGUGUGGGCGGACGGAGCUCAAUCGUAUCUCUACAAGCUGGCUGCCGAUGCGAUCAGGCUCUCCCUGAAAGAAGGCACAAUCACCAAGGAAGCUUUAUGGACGUGUGGCGAUCAGGCGUUUUGGGACUUGUUGGUCGAAAACGCGAGUGCGCAGGUCAAGAAGAUCGUCGAGCAGGUCAAUUGCCGAUGCACCCUAAUCGAGACCAACGAACAGGUUGCUCCGGUCGGAGGAUCCGAAGAGCAUUCCGGGCAACCAACCUCUGCAUCAGAGGAGGAAGCCCCGCCGGCCGAGCGCUGCACACUCAAGAUCCGCGUCCGGACAAUCGACCCACCCGUGAAGACAGCCGAAGGAAUCCAACCUCUUAGCGCCCUAGACCCCAGCUUUGGUCAUCGGAGGUUAGAUUAUAUCCGUUCUCGUCAAACGCCAGUCACCUUCAUCGUCAAGUAUUCCCCCCUCGUAGGCUAA